CACACGUUAAACAUUUCCCCGCAUUAAAUUCUCAAAAACUCCUCUUUCUCUCUCACACAAAAAUGGCCCUAAAAUUCAACCGCAAUCUCGCCGGAACUCUCUUCGCCGCCGUGGUAAUCGCUUCCUUCUUCUUCCACGCCUCCGCUGCACUCGGCGGAGGAAAAGGCGGUUUACUCGGCGGUUGGAGCCGUAUAACCGACACAAAAGACAGUAAAGUAGUGGAGAUCGGUAAAUUCGCAGUGGAUCAGUACAACGAGGAUUCCAAAUCCAAAUUAGUGUUUAAACGAGUGGUGAAAGGAGAAACACAAGUCAUCGCCGGGACAAAUUACCGACUGGUCAUCUCCGCCACAGACGGCGGUCGUCGUAGCCGGAGCGGCGAUAAGUACUUGGCGGAAGUUUGGGAUAAGCCAUGGAUGAGCCGUAGGAAUCUCACUUCCUUCAAAAAAUUAUAGAUUGUGUUUAAUUUUCUGGUGUUUUGUUGCAAAAAUGUUGUGUUCAUUGUGAUUUUUAAGUUUCUUAUUAAUGUUUAAUUAGUGAUUUUUGUUUACUGUUAAUAUAUUUAAUUUUUUCUCUUAGUACUA